GAUUUUUUUUAUUUUUUUUUUAUUUUUACAUGCUGAUCGUAUGGAAACACGAUUUAUUUUGUGGAUGCAGCGAAUGAAUCCAGAAGCAAAAGAAGAAGAAGUAGAAGAGGCUCACCUAAAACCCACCGUGCACAGAUUGUGCGUGUCAAGUUUCACCUGCGUGGAGUAGAAAUUACUCCCCCCGUCCGCGUGGACUCAUGAUGGCUCUAAUGGUUCACCUGAAGGCGGUCGAUCACCUUCGGGGGAAAGGUGACAGGAUCGCCAAAGUUUCAUUCAGAGGUUUGUCCUUCUACAGUCGUGUUGUGGAGAACUGUGAGGAUGUGGCUAACUUUAACGAGACUUUUCGAUGGCCCAUUGCCAGCAGGCUGGAUGGAAACGAGAUGCUGGAGAUCCAAGUGUACAAUUACAGCAAAGUCUUCUCCAACAGACUGGUGGGGACUUUUUCUAUGGUUCUUCAGAAGGUGGCAGAAGAGGGACACGUAGAGUUGACCGACACACUCAUAGAUGAUAACAACUUUUUAAUAAAGACCAGUGUGACCAUCGAGAUCAGAUACCAGCCGAUGGACAACACAGUCGGAGUGUGGAGUGAUGGAGAGCUCCUGGAUGUGCCUGACGACCGUGAUGGUUUUUUUACCUUUGAAAGUGACAGCCUGCUCUCUGGACACAGCCCCGGGUCAGGGUCCUCCCCCGGUCGAACCUUACAGGGAUCCAUACCGACCUUCAGAAAAGCGGGGAAGGGAGUUUUCUCAGCCAUGAAGCUUGGCAAGAUCAAGAGCUCCAGAGACGAUCACAAGAGAGGAGAUGAGCCCGCAGUCCUGGACAUGGACGACCUGGACAGGAAGGCGAUCCGUCUUGCUGGAACUCUGGAGCCGGACACCAUCUCUCUGGCCUCUGUCACCGCGGUCACUACCAACGUGUCCAAUAAGAGGUCAAAGCCAGAUAUCAAGAUGGAACCGAGCUCUGGGCGACCAGUGGAUUACCAGAUCAGCAUCACAAUCAUCGAGGCUCGGCAGCUCAUAGGCCUCAACAUGGACCCUGUGGUGUGUGUGGAGGUUGGCGAUGACAAGAAGUACACGUCGAUGAAGGAGUCCACCAACUGCCCGUACUACAAUGAGUAUUUUGUCUUUGACUUCCACGUCCCCCCCGACGUCAUGUUUGACAAGAUCAUCAAGCUCUCUGUGAUUCACUCGAAAAAUCUUCUCCGGAGUGGGACCUUGGUGGGAACUUUUAAGAUGGAUGUCGGAACUGUUUACUCUCAGCCCGAACACCAGUUCUACCACAAGUGGGCCAUCCUGUCGGAUCCAAAUGACAUCACGGCCGGAUGCAAGGGAUAUAUAAAGUGUGACAUCGCCGUGGUUGGAAAGGGUGACAACAUCAAGACUCCACACAAGGCCAAUGAGACCGAUGAGGACGACAUAGAGGGGAACCUCUUGCUCCCAGAGGGAAUCCCCGCAGAGAGGCAGUGGGCGAGGUUUUACGUGAAGAUCUACCGAGCUGAGGGACUUCCCAAGAUGAACACCAGCUUAAUGGCAAAUGUGAAAAAGGCCAUCAUAGGAGAGAACAGAGACCUGGUGGACCCGUAUGUUCAAGUGCAAUACGCAGGGCAGAAGGGGAAGACUUCAGUCCAGAAGAGCAGUUAUGAACCAAUCUGGAACGAGCAGGUCAUCUUCACUGAGCUCUUCCCUCCACUCUGCAAACGCCUGAAGGUCCAGAUCCGCGACUCGGAUAAGGUCAACGACGUUGCCAUAGGAACCCACUUUAUUGACUUGCGCAAGAUAUCCAAUGAUGGUGAUAAAGGGUUCCUGCCCACCUUCGGCCCAGCCUGGGUCAACAUGUACGGCUCCACGCGUCAGUACACACUGAUGGACGAGCACCAGGACCUGAAUGACGGACUCGGGGAAGGUGUGUCCUUCAGAGCACGGCUCCUGCUCUCCAUCGCCGUGGAGAUCCUCGACAUCAGCUCGCCCGAGAUCCUCAGCUCCACGGACGUUCAGGUGGAGAUGGUUUCCAACAUCUCAGAGAGCGCCACGGGUAAAAUGGAAGAGUUCUUCGUCUUCGGUUCCUUCCUGGAGGCCACCAUGAUCGACAGGAAGAUUGGUGACAAACCGAUAAGUUUUGAAAUCACCAUAGGUAACUAUGGCAACCAGAUAGAUGGCGUAAACAAGCCCUCGUCGGUGAGGAGGAAGAAAAAAGACACGGAGAACGAAGAGGAGGAGAGCGAGCUCAUCCAGAACUCCAGCGAGGACGAGGCCGAGGAGGACGCGGACCUCGUCUCCGUGUCCACCACCCCACCGAUGAAGCCCGUCAUCACCGACAGGAAUUACUUCCAUCUUCCCUACUUUGAAAAGAAGCCCUGCAUCUACAUCAAAAGCUGGUGGCAGGACCAAAGACGACGGCUCUACAACUCCAACAUGAUGGAUAAGAUUGCUGACAAGCUGGAGGAGGGUUUGAACGAUGUGCAGGAGGUCAUUAAGACGGAGAAAGCCUUCCCAGAGCGCAGGCUCAGGGGCGUGCUGGAGGAGCUGAGUGUUGGUUGCAGCCGCUUUGUGACCCUGGCUAACAAGGACAUAGGCCAGUCAGGCAGAACCAAACUGGAUCGGGAACGACUCAAGUCCUGCAUGAGGGAAAUGGACAGCAUGGGUCAGCAGGCCAAGCAGAUCCGGACCCAGGUGAAGAAGAACACCGUCCGAGACAAGCUCAAGCUGGCGCAGAACUUCCUGCAGAAGCUCCGCUUCCUCGCGGAUGAGCCUCAGCACAGUAUCCCGGAUGUUUUCGUGUGGAUGAUGAGCAACCACAAGCGCAUCGCGUAUGCCCGCAUUCCCUCCAAGGACAUCCUGUACUCCAUGGUGGAUGAAGAAACUGGUAAAGACUGCAGUAAAGUCAAAGCUGUCUUCCUCAAGCUGCCCGGUAAGAAGGGCUUCGGUCCCGCAGGCUGGACCGUUCAGGCUAAGCUGGAGCUGUAUCUGUGGCUGGGCCUCAAUAAGCAAAGAAAGGACUUCCUCAGCGGUCUGCCAAAUGGUUUUGAAGAAAUGAAAUCUGCUAAAGCUGGCCUCAGUCUCCACACCAUGCCUCCUGUCAGCCUUGUUUACAACAUGAAGCAGGUGUUUCAGCUGCGAGCACACAUGUACCAGGCCCGCAGCCUGUUUGCCGCCGACAGCAGUGGACUCUCGGAUCCCUUCGCUCGGGUCUUCUUCUCCACACACAGCCAGGUCACUGAGGUCCUCAGCGAAACUCUGUGUCCAACCUGGGACCAGCUGCUGGUGUUUGACGACGUGGAGCUGUUCGGCGAGGCCAGCGAGCUGAGGGACGAUCCGCCGAUCAUCGUGGUCGAAAUCUACGACCAGGACACUGUGGGCAAGGCAGAGUUCAUCGGUCGGACCUUCGCGAAGCCCACCAUCAAGAUGUGUGAGGAGCACUACGGCCCCCCGAGGUUCCCGCCGCAGCUGGAGUACUACCAGGUUUACAGAGGCAACUGCACCGCUGGGGAACUGCUGGCCGCCUUCGAGCUGCUGCAGAUUCCUUUCAAUAUGGAGGAGAUAAGGCGAGCUCUCAUCGCCGUCCAUAACUUUGCUGUACCUCAAAUCAAGAUUGGUCAAGGAGGCAGAGCUGACCUUCCUCCCCUUGAGGGACCGACAGACUCUGAGCACGGGCCCAUUAUCGCUGUGCCGUUGGGCAUCCGGCCUGUCCUGAGCCGCUACCGCAUUGAGGUUUUGUUCUGGGGGUUACGAGACCUGAAGAGGAUUAACUUGGCUCAGGUGGAUCGGCCCCGCGUGGACAUAGAAUGUGCAGGUAAAGGCGUCCAAUCUGCUCUCAUCCAAAACUACAAGAAAAACCCAAACUUCAGCACCCUGGUCAAGUGGUUUGAAGUGGACCUGCCAGAAAAUGAGCUCCUGCACCCUCCUCUCAACAUCCGGGUGGUGGACUGCCGGGCGUUUGGCCGCUACAUCCUGGUGGGGUCACACGCCGUCACCACCCUGAGACGUUUCAUCUACAGCACCCCAGAUAAAACAUCCAACAACUGGGCCACUGCAGCUAAGCUAAUGAAUGGCUACAUGGUCCUUACAAACGGCGGCUCCCAGCCUCGCUCCUCACCCAGCCUUUCCUCCCGCACCCCCUCUCACCCCACAGGUGACAUCAUAGUGAACAUGGACACGGAGCCUCUGGUUCGCAAGAUGGACACAGUUGUCAAGUUAGAUGCUACGUCCGACGCCGUCGUCAAAGUUGACAUGACUGAGGAGGAGAGUGACAAGAAGAAGAAAAAGAAGAAGAAGAAGAAAGGAGAAGUCGAGGAAGAGGAAGAGACAGACGAGCGAAUGCUCGACUGGUGGUCCAAAUAUUUCGCCUCGAUAGAGACACUGAAGGAGAAACUCAGAGCCCAGGAGGCAGCUCAGGCCGAGGCAGAGGAGAGGGAGGACCUGGAGAUAGCAGCAGAGGCAGCAGGCUCCAAGACAAAAGAAAAGAGCAAAGACAAGAAGAGCUCCAAGGACAAGAAGAAGGGUCAUCAGGCUGCGGACGGAACUGACAAUGAACCUGUCAAAUCGAGAGUGGACGAGCUGGUGGUUUACAACAAGGAGCUGGAGAGUGAGUAUGGCACCUUUGAGGACUGGCUUCAUACGUUCAACCUGUACAGAGGUAAAGCUGGAGAUGACGAUGAACACGCUCUGGAUGAUGACAGGAUUGUUGGCAGAUUCAAGGGAUCCCUGUGUAUGUACAAGCUUCCUUUGUCUGAGGAGAUCACGAGAGAGGCGGGGUUUGAUCCCAAUAUGGGCAUGUUCCAAAGCAUCCCACAUAACGAUCCGAUCAACGUCCUCGUCCGCGUCUACGUCGUCAGGGCUACAGAUCUUCAUCCCGCCGAUAUCAACGGGAAGGCCGAUCCGUACAUUGUCAUCAAGCUGGGCAAGUCAGAGGUCAAAGACAAAGAGAAUUACAUCUCCAAACAGCUCAAUCCUGUGUUUGGCAAAUCAUUCGACAUCGAGGCCACUUUCCCCAUGGAGUCCAUGCUGACGGUGUCCGUGUACGACUGGGACUUGGUGGGAACCGACGACCUGAUCGGAGAGACAAAGAUUGACCUGGAGAAUCGUUUCUACAGCAAAUACAGAGCCACGUGUGGCAUUUCCGCCAACUAUUCAGUCCAUGGAUAUAAUGUAUGGCGAGACCCUAUGAAGCCCAGCCAGAUCUUGGCUAAGCUCUGUAAGGACGGCAAGAUUGAUGGACCUCAUUACGGGCCUGGAGGCAAAGUCAAGGUGGCAAAUCGAAUCUUCCUGGGAGCGACGGAGUUAGAGGAUGAGAAUGGUUUGAAGAAGCAGACAGAAGAGCAUUUGGCUCUGACUGUGCUCAACCACUGGGAGGAAAUCCCCCGAGUCGGCUGCAAGCUCGUCCGCGAGCACGUGGAGACCAGACCCCUGCUGAACCCGGACAAGCCCGGCAUCGAACAGGGCCGUGUUGAGAUGUGGGUGGAUAUGUUUCCCAUGGACAUGCCUGCACCUGGACCUGCGAUAGACAUAUCACCACGGAAACCAAAGAGAUAUGAGCUCAGGGUGAUUAUUUGGAAUACAGACGAAGUAAUACUGGAGGACGAUGAUUACUUCACUGGGGAAAAGUCCAGUGACAUAUUUGUCAGGGGCUUUGAGCUUCGUGUUGUUAUUUGGAACACUGAUGACGUAAUUCUAGAGGACGAUGCUUUCAUGACAGGAGAGAAGAUGUCUGACAUCUAUGUCAGGGGGUGGCUGAAAGGGCAGCAGGAGGACAAGCAGGACACGGACGUGCACUAUCACUCCCUCACUGGUGAGGGCAACUUCAACUGGCGCUUUGUCUUCCCCUUCGAUUACCUUAUGGCUGAGGAGAAGAUCGUCAUCUCCAAGAAAGAGUCCAUGUUCUCAUGGGACGAGACCGAAUACAAAAUCCCUCCUCGCCUCACGCUGCAGGUGUGGGACGCUGAUCACUUCUCCGCUGAUGACUUCCUAGGUGCAAUUGAGCUGGACCUGAACCGCUUCCCCCGCGGUGCCAAGACGGCCAAGCAGUGCUCCCUCAACAUGAUCCGGAACGAGCAUGAGCUGCCCACCAUUUCCAUAUUCAAACAGAAGAGAGUGAAGGGCUGGUGGCCAUUUGCUGCCCGUGAUGAGAACGACGACUUGGAGCUCACGGGUAAAGUUGAAGCCGAGCUUCACUUGGUGACAGCGGAGGAAGCAGAGAAAAGUCCUGUUGGACUGGGGCGAAAUGAGCCGGAUCCACUGGAGAAACCAAAUCGCCCAGACACCACCUUCCUGUGGUUCCUGAGUCCGCUGAAAGCCAUCCGCUACCUGGUGUGCAACCGCUACAAGUGGCUGAUCAUCAAGAUCGUGCUGGCCCUGCUGCUGCUCAUCAUGCUGGGCCUCUUCCUCUACAGCAUGCCCGGCUACCUUGUCAAGAAACUGCUGGGGGCCUGAGAGGCUGCUGGGAGGACUCGAGGGAGGGACGUGUGGAUGGAUGGAUGGGUGUAUGGAUGUAUGUAUGUAUGGAUGGAUGGAUGGUUGGAUGGGGUAUAGGGGAAAUAGUGCAAGGUUUCUCUCUCUCUCUCUCAGUCUCAGAAAAAAAGCACCUUUGAGGUCCAGUUGUCUUUUGUUGCUCACUCUAAUCCACUCUGAUCUUCCUACGUAGCUUGCCACCUUCCAUCUUAGCUCUUAGGAGAAGAAGAAAACGCCUCUGCAGCCUCAAGACUGACCAUUACACUGUCUUUACGAGACUCCAUCAGCAGUUAAAACAAUUCUGGGGGGGUGUUUAAGCAGCGUUACAUGACACUGAAUGUUUCUUUAUCCGUUUGUUCAGCCUUUAAUUGAUUACUGAUUGGACACAUGUAUUUAUUUAUUUAUUUAUUUAUUUAUUAAAUGUCCAGUGUGUCAUAAUUAAUGACAUCUAAUUGGGAGCAUAGACAGUCUAUAAACAAGGUGGACACAGUUUGCCGGAUGAGGCCAACCUGGAGGUAGCAAUGUACUGAAUAGCCACCAGGGGGGCGAGACAGCUUGGGAAAUUGACCCUACUUCUCACUUGAUUUACAAUGUCAGUAAACAUUGUCCUGAGGAGUGGACACCUGUGUAAUUGGCUGACGUUUCCGGUGACUUCUGUGAAUUUCCUGUUGCAAAACCUCAAAUCUUGAGGCUUGUAAGUGGCCGUGUCAUAGGACUAUGGUGGCGUUUACAUACCAGAAAGGAUACAGUCAUACAACGAGCACUGACGAGGUUCCCAUAGAUACAGAUCAUUUAAAGUUUCAUGUAUUUAGAUAAAAUCUGCAGGUCAUAAGCGAAGGAGAUUUUCAAAACACUAAACACUAUGGCUGCUGUCGAAACAUGGCUGCCUUAUUUUAAGGCUACAAACCCCAAAUAAUUUGUAUUUUAAAGCAAAUAAACACU